CACUCGAUGGCAUUCUCGUGAAUAACACCCAACUCCGGCUCCGAUUCACCGACCGCAUCAGCUACGUCUACCCCCACACCCGCGCGUGAGUGACCCCCCGCAACCUCCGACUCCACGAGCUCUCUUCCCCCACGCUUCCGAUUCUGCCCAUGGCGACGCCGCCGCACGACGCCUCGCCGGCCCCACCAAACCCUAACCCCGUCUCCGACGACCCCCCGCCGCCGCCGCCGGUGACGGAGACGAAGCCGGAGCCGGAGCCGCCUCUCCCCACCACCUCGAUCGACCCCACCCCGUCUGGCGACGAGGAGAGCGGCGAUGACUCCUCGUCUUCUGUCUCAUCCGCCUCGUCUACUUCGCCCACGGCCGCCGCGGCUGCUGCUGCUGCGGGAGGUGGAGGUGGAGGUGGAGGCGAGAGGGCGGCUCCCCACCCGGCGGCGAAGGAUCUCCUCCAUAUCUCCUUCAACCAGGACUACGGCUGCUUCGCGGCGGGGACCAAGUCGGGCUUCCGCAUCUACAACUGCGAUCCAUUCCGCGAGAUCUUCCGCCGGGACCUCGGGGCCGCGGGGGACAACGGCGUCGGCGGUGGAGGAGGAGGAAUCGGCGUCGUGGAGAUGCUGUUCCGGUGUAACAUACUGGCCCUCGUCGGCGGCGGAGACGCCCCUCACUACCCGCCUAACAAGGUGAUGAUCUGGGACGACCACCAGAGCCGGUGUAUCGGGGAGCUCUCCUUCCGCUCCCCCGUGCGCGGUGUCCGCCUCCGCCGCGAUCGCAUCAUCGUGGUGCUAGAGAACAAAAUCUUCGUCUACAAUUUCGCGGACCUGAAGCUUGUUCACCAGAUCGAGACGGCGCCUAACCCGAAGGGCCUCUGCGCGGUUUCGCAGCAGCCCGGAUCGAUUGUGCUGGUUUGCCCUGGUGCACAGAAAGGGCAGGUUAGAGUGGAGCACUAUGGUGCCAGGAAGACCAAAUUCAUCAAUGCGCAUACUUCCCGUGUCGCGUGCUUUGCAUUAUCACAGGAUGGGAGGCUCAUUGCUACUGCCAGCACCAAGGGGACACUUGUUAGAAUCUACAAUGCUGCCGAGGGCAAUCUCCUGCAGGAAGUACGGAGAGGUGCUGAUAGAGCAGAAAUAUAUAGCUUGGCGUUCUCCAACAAUUUGCAAUAUUUGGCUGUAUCAAGUGAUAAAGGAACAAUACAUGUGUUCAAUCUAAAGAUAAAUGUUGGAUUAACCACGAAUGAUAAGCCCCUGCCUGCUCCAGAUCCUGAUGUUCCACAUAUCAGUCCAUCUCUUUCUUUCAUUAAGGGUGUACUACCAAAAUAUUUCCACUCGGAGUGGUCUGUAGCUCAGUUCAGACUCCACGAGGGGGAGCAAUAUAUUGUUGCAUUUGGCCAUGAGAAGAAUACCGUGGCAGUUGUUGGCAUGGAUGGAAGCUUCUACCGAUGCCAGUUCGACCCUGUAAACGGAGGAGAGAUGCUGCAGCUGGAGUGCUACAAUUUCCUAAAACCAUCAUCGGAUCAACCACAGUAGCAGCCCAAGCAGCGGAUCUGUUUUUCCUCCCUUGUAUCGGGGUUGUACAGUAUCUGUGUGCCCUCUCGAUUAUUGUUAUUAUUUGUAAAUAUAUCUUAGUGGUGAUUCUACAAGUAUGCUCUGUUGAGGGUUAAAAGAACCCUUGUGCAGAUGGACAUAAUAAUAUUACUCCCACGUUAGCAAAUGCUUUCACGAUUCAUGUUUCUCUAUUAUCCUGAAAAGUUCAUCCA